AUGUUAUUUUUCCUAUCAUUCAUUAUAUUAAAUGGUUUGUAAUUGAAACUCUAACUAUAUGAUUAUUAAAAAGGAGACAUAAAUUAUACAGCAUAUUCAGUAAAUAGGUAAAUAUCAAUUUAGGUUUCCAUUAAAGUUGCUGGUUCAAACUAUUAAAUGGUAAUUGACAAUAUUAAUCCUUAUUCAUUGAUAUAUUCUAAAAAUCAUAUCAAUAACUAUUAAUGUAUUCAUUGUCCAUCAAUUGUAUAAUAAUUUGAUUGUAAAGAAAUCUGAUAAUUUUGAAAAGUUUUUGAUUUCUGAAUCAACCACAUUAUAAAACUCAAAUAAAUGCCUCUUAACUAAAAAUGAAAAUAAAUUAAAUAUAAAAAUUAGAAUAUCAUGCUGGAUCAACUUUCAUUAGAUUUGUUUAACUUAUGAUAUUUCUAAUUAAAAAUAAAAAUAACAACUGGUUUUGAUAUUAACAUAAUUAAUAGUAUCACAAAAUAAAUCAAAUCUAUUUUAUUAGUAAAUAAUAUUUUUGAAUUAGAUUAGAAUUACACAAUUUAUAGUAAAUUUACUAAAUUUCAACCAAUUCAUGAUUAAAAAGUAUCUUUAUAAAGUGGAUAUUAACUAAAAAAAACAAUAAGUUAUUAUAAUUAAAGACAAGAUCAAUCGAAAUAUAAUUCUAAUUAUUUUAUAAUGAUAUUUAAUUCCUGAAAAAAAAGAUAAUUAAAUUUGAUUUAAAAACUAAAUCUAAUUAUUUACCUUAGAUAUCAUCAAAUAGAUAAAAUCCUAUAAAAAAAUUAUUAAAGCUCAGUAUUUCUUUUACAUUUUUUUUUCUGAGAAAUUAAGAGACUAAUGGGCCUAUACAAAAAACUAGACUUUACUGA